GCAGUGGAGAGACUUGGCAAGGCUUCCCCUCCUUUGUCUGGAUGGCUCAGGGCUGCAGCGCCAGAGGAAAUCAAGAAAUGUCCAGGCUUGGUGGUUGUGGAUGGGGACGAGCUCUGGCUCAACUCAGAGGAGAAGGGAGAGAAAAAGUACUUUAAAACGACUGAAAACUCUGCUUCAGAAAAGGCUGCGGACACAAAAAAAUGACAAAACAAAACAAGUGCUUUUCUCUUUUUGAAAGAAUCUCUACAUUGAAGCCACUGGAGAUGACGAGGUUUCUUAAAAACGUAAUAACGCUUCCACAAAAUCGGAUUUAAACUCACUAAUGACUGUAGUUUUUAUAGCCGCAAUGCAGGGUUAAUACUGUACUUGUAUUUUUUGGAGAACCAAAUGCCUCUGAACUGGAUAAGGUUGGAUGUUUGACUUCAAGAUGUCCACUGGUAGCUGAAGCCAAACAUGACGUGAACGGCAACAAGACUGUUCCGCCUUUUCCAGAGGAGACAGAAAUGGCCAUGUUUGGGAUGGGCUGUUUCUGGGGAGCAGAGCGGAAGUUCUGGAAACAAAAAGGGGUUUAUUCCACCCAAGUGGGCUACUCUGGAGGGUUUACACCUAACCCCACCUACAAAGAAGUCUGCACAGGUGGGACCGGUCAUACGGAGGUGGUCAGAGUUGUUUUUUACCCAGACAAGAUCAGCUUCGCCAACCUCCUCAAAGUUUUCUGGGAAAGCCAUAAUCCAACACAAGGAAUGCGUCAGGGAAAUGACGUUGGGACGACUUAUCGCUCUGCCAUUUACACCUACACACAGCAGCAGCUUGAGGAAGCUUUGGCCUCCAGGGACCAAUACCAGAAGGUAUUAACAGAGGAGGGAUUCGGUCCGAUCACCACUGAAAUCGCAGAAGCGAAGCCGUUUUACUACGCUGAGGAUUACCACCAGCAGUACCUGAGUAAAAACCCGGAUGGAUACUGUGGUCUGGGGGGAACCGGGGUCUCCUGUCCAAUAGGGGUCAAACAAAAGGCCUAGGUGGAGGUGGAGUGGAGUGAGAACAGAGGAUUGAAGUGACAAAUGCAAACAGCUUUCAGGUGAUAAAACUGCAGGAUUAUCAUUUUUCAGCAAAGAAUGGUGUGAUUUGUGAACUUGAACUUGUUGGUAAAUUUAGAGGGUUCUAAAUCUGCAAACUGUUGCUUUUUCUCACAAAUAAGACAACAUUUCCAAUAUAUCCUGUUGUUGUUUGUCUUCACCUCUUUGAAAUAACUGAAGACACUGGUCAAAUGCUUUAUGCAUCCGUCUGUUAUAAAAAUCGGUGACUGCCGUAAGCGUUAAGGCUUCAGCUUUUCUGAGAUAAUGAGUGUUGAGGAGGCCAAUGUAAAAUGGAUGCAUAUCUUCAAACCAAUGCAAGAGAUCACCUCAAUAGCAUUUACCGCACACUUUUGCGAUAUUUUCAUCAAUUAAAUUCUAUAAAACCUCCUUUCAGUUUGUUUAUAAAUGUGUUUUUGCAGCACACUGGCACAGAGCUCCUUCAGGCUCAUUGCAUUUUGUGCUGACCCUGAUGACUUCUGCUGCUUUUUAUUGCUGUUUUACAUGCAUAGAAAUGAGCAAAACUUUACAGGGUUUUUUUUUCCACCGGAUUUCACUUACAGUGCUGAUACGAAGAUGCUCAUUAGAAAUAUGCACAAAUAAAUUCUUGAACUGGUUUAUAUUGAAAUCCAAUGCAGUUUCCUUGGCAUAUGACAAUAAAACAUGAUAACAGACUGUC